CCCUCGGCCAUCCUACCUGUGACGAUCACACGCUGAUUUUUCUCCACUAACCACAAAGACAUUGGCACCCUCUACCUUGUGUUUGGUGCCUGAGCCGGUAUAGUUGGUACCGCCCUUAGCUUAUUAAUUCGAGCAGAGUUAAGCCAACCCGGAGCCUUGCUAGGCGACGACCAGAUUUAUAAUGUUAUUGUUACCGCACACGCCUUCGUAAUAAUUUUCUUUAUAGUAAUACCAAUUAUGAUUGGAGGGUUCGGAAAUUGACUAGUUCCUCUUAUGAUUGGAGCACCAGACAUAGCAUUCCCCCGAAUAAACAACAUAAGUUUUUGACUUCUUCCCCCUUCCUUUCUUCUCCUGCUAGCCUCUUCUGGGGUAGAAGCAGGGGCAGGUACAGGAUGAACAGUAUACCCCCCUCUUGCUGGUAACCUUGCCCACGCGGGGGCCUCUGUUGAUUUGACUAUCUUCUCCCUACACCUGGCCGGUGUCUCUUCGAUCCUAGGGGCAAUCAAUUUUAUUACAACAAUUAUCAAUAUGAAACCGCCAGCCAUUUCACAGUACCAAACACCCCUAUUUGUCUGAGCAGUCCUAAUUACAGCCGUUCUGCUACUGCUGGCGCUCCCUGUUUUAGCUGCAGGAAUUACAAUACUAUUAACAGACCGUAAUCUAAACACUACCUUCUUUGACCCCGCAGGGGGAGGAGAUCCAAUUCUAUACCAACAUCUGUUUUGAUUCUUUGGGCAUCCAGAAGUUUAUAUUCUAAUUUUACCAGGCUUUGGAAUGAUCUCCCACAUUGUAGCCUACUAUGCCGGUAAAAAAGAACCAUUCGGCUACAUAGGUAUAGUAUGAGCUAUAAUGGCUAUUGGACUACUAGGCUUUAUCGUGUGAGCUCAUCACAUAUUUACAGUAGGAAUGGACGUAGACACACGAGCAUAUUUUACAUCCGCCACAAUAAUUAUUGCAAUUCCUACCGGAGUAAAAGUCUUUAGUUGACUAGCCACUCUUCACGGCGGAUCAAUUAAAUGAGAAACCCCCCUUCUAUGAGCCCUAGGAUUUAUUUUCCUCUUUACAGUAGGAGGCCUGACAGGGAUUGUAUUAGCCAAUUCUUCCAUCGAUAUUGUUCUGCAUGACACCUAUUAUGUAGUAGCCCACUUCCAUUACGUUUUAUCAAUGGGUGCUGUCUUCGCCAUUAUAGGAGCCUUCGUACAUUGAUUUCCCUUAUUUACAGGAUAUACACUACACAGCACCUGAACAAAAAUCCAUUUUGGAGUAAUGUUUGUGGGAGUUAACCUCACCUUCUUCCCACAACACUUCCUAGGAUUAGCAGGAAUGCCACGACGUUAUUCAGACUACCCAGAUGCCUACACCCUUUGAAAUACCGUCUCCUCAAUUGGCUCCCUAAUGUCUUUAGUAGCAGUAAUUAUAUUCCUGUUUAUCUUAUGAGAAGCAUUCGCUGCUAAACGAGAAGUAUUAGCUGUUGAACUAACCGCCACCAAUGUAGAAUGACUACAUGGAUGUCCCCCUCCUUACCACACGUUUGAAGAGCCCGCAUUUGUGCAAGUCCAAUCAAACUAACGAGAAAGGAAGGAAUUGAACCCCCGUAAACUAGUUUCAAGCCAGUCACAUAACCACUCUGUCACUUUCUUCUAUGAGAUGCUAGUAAAACGGAAUUACACUGCCUUGUCGAGGCAGAAUUGCAGGUUAAAACCCUGCGUAUCUUAAGCCUCACGGCUUAAUGGCACAUCCCUCACAACUAGGAUUCCAAGACGCGGCCUCGCCUGUAAUAGAAGAACUUCUACAUUUCCACGACCAUGCUCUAAUAAUUGUAUUCCUAAUUAGCACCUUGGUCUUAUAUAUUAUUGUUGUAAUGGUUUCUACAAAACUUACUAAUAAAUACAUCUUAGACUCCCAAGAAAUCGAAAUCGUUUGAACAAUUCUCCCAGCAGUAAUUCUAGUGUUAAUUGCACUUCCUUCUCUCCGAAUCCUGUACCUAAUAGAUGAAGUCAACGACCCCCAUCUAACAGUAAAAGCCAUAGGCCAUCAAUGAUACUGGAGCUACGAAUAUACAGACUAUGAAGAUCUAGCCUUCGACUCAUAUAUGGUACCAACCCAAGACCUGGCUCCAGGACAAUUUCGCCUGCUCGAAACAGACCAUCGCAUGGUAAUCCCAAUAGAAUCACCAGUCCGAGUGCUAGUAUCAGCCGAAGAUGUAAUUCACUCUUGAGCCGUCCCUGCCCUAGGCGUUAAGAUAGAUGCUAUCCCAGGACGCCUAAACCAAACAGCCUUUAUUGCCUCUCGUCCCGGAGUAUUCUACGGACAAUGCUCUGAGAUCUGUGGAGCCAAUCACAGCUUUAUGCCAAUCGUAGUAGAAGCCGUCCCGCUAGAACACUUUGAAAACUGAUCCUCCCUUAUGCUUGAAGACGCCUCACUGGGAAGCUAAACUGGGAUUAGCGUUAGCCUUUUAAGCUAAAAAUUGGUGACUCCCAACCACCCCUAGUGAUAUGCCACAAUUAAAUCCAGCCCCUUGAUUCGCUAUUCUAGUAUUCUCAUGACUUGUCUUCCUGACAGUAAUUCCAAACAAAGUAUUAAACCACACCUUCCCAAAUGAACUAACAACCAUUGAUGCCCAAGACCUCAAAACGACAACCUGAAACUGACCAUGGCACUAAACCUGUUUGAUCAAUUUAUGAGCCCCUCAUACCUAGGUAUCCCCCUAAUUGCAAUCGCACUCACACUUCCAUGAAUUCUUGUUCCUUCGCCCUCAAAACGAUGACAAGACAACCGCCUAGUUACACUACAAAAUUGAUUUAUUAAAACUUUUACACAACAACUACUCACGCCCCUAAAUCCCGGAGGACACAAAUGAGCCCUUAUUUUAACAUCCCUAAUAAUUUUCCUCUUAACCCUUAACAUCCUUGGGCUCCUUCCUUAUACCUUCACCCCAACAACUCAACUUUCCCUAAACAUAGGCCUAGCCGUACCAUUCUGACUUGCCACAGUAAUUAUUGGACUACGAAACCAGCCCACUGCAGCCCUAGGACACCUUCUACCAGAAGGAACCCCCAUCCUACUUAUCCCUAUCCUAAUUAUUAUCGAAACUAUCAGCUUAUUUAUUCGACCUUUGGCCUUAGGAGUACGACUAACAGCUAAUCUAACAGCUGGUCAUCUAUUGAUUCAACUUAUCUCCACAGCAACCUUUGUACUAUUACCAAUAACAGCAACAGCAGCCAUCUUUACCGCCACUCUUCUAGCCCUUCUUACCCUACUAGAGGUAGCAGUAGCUAUAAUUCAAGCUUAUGUAUUUGUUCUACUACUAAGCCUUUACUUACAAGAAAACGUCUAAUGGCCCACCAAGCACACGCAUAUCACAUGGUUGACCCAAGUCCAUGGCCUCUAACAGGCGCAGUAGCUGCUCUCCUAAUGACAUCAGGCCUUGCUAUCUGAUUUCACUUCCACUCAACCACAUUAAUAACACUAGGUUUAAUUCUGCUACUACUCACAAUGUAUCAAUGAUGACGGGAUAUUAUCCGAGAAGGAACCUUCCAAGGACAUCAUACACCUCCGGUCCAAAAAGGCCUACGAUACGGAAUAAUCUUAUUUAUCACAUCUGAAGUCUUCUUCUUUCUUGGAUUCUUCUGAGCUUUCUACCACGCCAGCCUUGCCCCAACCCCAGAACUCGGAGGAUGCUGACCUCCAACAGGUAUUGUUACCUUAGACCCUUUCGAAGUCCCUCUACUUAAUACUGCGGUCCUACUAGCAUCAGGCGUAACAGUAACCUGGGCCCACCACAGCCUUAUAGAAGGAGGACGAAAACAAGCCAUCCAAUCUCUUACCCUAACCAUUCUCCUGGGAUUCUACUUCACUGCCCUCCAAGCCAUAGAAUACUAUGAAGCCCCUUUUACAAUUGCAGACGGCGUUUAUGGCUCAACAUUCUUUGUAGCAACAGGUUUCCACGGACUACACGUUAUUAUUGGCUCUACCUUCCUUGCAGUAUGCCUACUCCGACAAAUCCUAUUCCAUUUUACAUCAGAACAUCACUUUGGAUUUGAAGCAGCUGCCUGAUACUGACACUUCGUAGACGUCGUGUGACUAUUCCUAUACGUCUCCAUCUACUGAUGAGGAUCUUA